UAGUGAACAGCUUCCAAACAGCUCCUUUGUACUUUUAAUUCCUUUAUUUUUAAGUAAUCUCCUGGUUGCUAUUAUUAUUUACGGGUUCACUGUAAGAAUCGCCACAAAAAGAAAAUGGCAGAAAAUUCGAUUCUUUGCUCCGUUUCUAGCUUGAUCAUAAGUCUUUUCACUCUCUUUUCUUGUUUAUUUGGUCACUGUAAUUCAAUUGAGCAACUUGGUGACUAUAACACCUUCACUAUAUCUAGCUUCAAAUACCCAGAAACCCAGAUCAGACCUUUUGAUAUGCGUUAUAUGCGAGUUGAUUUACCCCCAUGGUUCUCCUCUAUGUCAAUAGCAUUGAAGUCAAGUGUCAACCUCGAUAUUAGAAGUGUUGAAAAAGUUCCUAAAAGCGUGCUGCCGAUGAUAUGUUUCAGAGAAGGCAGCCUCCCAUUGCCAGAUGUCUCAAACACUUCAUUAAAAGAACUAGCUUCACUAUCUAACAGCUCUUUUGAAGGAGCACAAAUACUUCAAAAUUCAGAGCAGUGUUAUCCUGUACCUAGAAGUAUGACCAUGAAGUUGACGACUGAGCAGAUAUCUGCCACUGUUCUGUAUUUUGGUCUUUUCAAUGGUGUUGGGCCUACAAGAACACAGUCGAAGAUGAUUGUACGAGGUCCUUCUUACUCCUUUGCGGCCAAUAUCACCGUGGAAGGAUGUGCAACCUCAACAAUGCUGGGGCAAUAUUGCAACCAAACUGUUGAGCAGCUUUCAUGUGGCCUAUCUCGCAAUAAUUCUGGAAAUGGUUCUGCAUCUGGGUUCUUCAAUCAAAGCAUGGUUUCUUGCAGGAACAAUUUUGAGACCUCCUGCCUUCGAGAUGAAGAAAUAAUGAUAUACACCUUAGAGAUUCUGCGAAUAGCUGAAUUCUUAACCAUUUCAGCUGAAAAUGUAAGGUUAAGACCUUUAAGUAGCACUGGGAAUGUUAGCGGAAUUGACUUGAUAUGCUAUGCUCGCUAUGGUGCAAUGCCUUCAGCUACUGUACAUGAUUAUUCUGGUAACUUAAAUAAAUCUCCGUUGGUCGUUAACUCACCAAAGGUUGGUCAGUGGUAUAUUUCUAUUCUAGCCCUUAAUCUCUCGAAGGUAAUUGGUGGGUCUCUAAGUAAUGUCUCAAAAGUGUGCUAUUCCCUUGAACUACAAGAGCUUGAAUGUCCAAUGGGGAAGGCUGGACCAAACUGUUUAUUUGAAAGAUACAUGCUUCAGACGGUUCUCAGGAAAGAAUCCACCCCUUUCGAAUCGUAUUUUUUGCCAUAUGGUGAGAAGGUGAUGUCGGAUGCUGCCAAUUUUCUUCUUGAGCCCCUUUUAAGCAACUACUCAUUUGGAGGAGUAGAUACCUGGACUUAUUUUAUUCUGGAUAUUCCUCGUGGUGCGGCGGGUGGAAAUCUCCAUAUUCGCCUGAUGUCAGAUAGAAAGAUAAAUUAUGAAGUAUAUGUUAGAAACGGUGGAUUGCCGUCACUUGUUGACUGGGACUUUUAUUAUGUAAACAAGUCAAGCAGCAGUCAUGGCUCCAUGUUUUUUGUAUUGUACAGUUCAAGUGAGGAAAAGGUCGAUUUUUACAUCUUGUACAUUAAGGAAGGAAUCUGGAAUAUUGCAUUAAGACAUUUAAACAACACUAGUGGCACUUCCAACGGGCAGACUACUAUGUCUAUUUCGCUUGAAAGAUGCCCGAAAAGGUGCUCCUAUCAUGGUGAUUGCAGAUCUGCUCUUGAUGCAAGUGGAUUAACAUCAUAUAGCUUUUGUGCUUGUGAUCGGAAUCAUGGAGGCUUUGAUUGUAGCAUUGAGAUUGUAUCACGUCAAGGACAUCUUUGGCAAUCAAUUGCUCUAAUAGCGUCAAAUGGUGCAGCUGUGCUUCCUGCUUUUUGGGCUCUCAGGCAGAAGGCUUUUGCAGAAUGGGUGAUCUACACAGCUAGUGGGAUUACUAGUGGAUUAUAUCAUGCAUGUGAUGUGGGCACCUGGUGUGCAUUAUCCUUUGGUGUCUUACAGGUAUAUUUUUUUGACUUUUGGCUCUCAUUCUUGGCUGUGGUGAGCACCUUUGUUUACCUUACCACAAUUGGUGAAGUUUAUAAAAGGGCAAUCCACACGGUGGUGACUAUCCUUACUGCCCUGAUGGCCAUAACCAAGGCAACAAGGUCAUCAAAUAUUAUUCUAGUCAUGGCAAUUGGGGCACUAGCUCUUCUUGUUGGGUGGUUGAUAGAGUUCUCUACCAAGUAUAGGUCGCUUUCAUUUUCAAUGGAUUUGUGUUUAAAUACACUCGAGAGGUGGCGGAUCAGAGAAUGGAUGAAUAAUCUAGUAAAAACUAUAAUGAAACGAUUUCGAUGGGGCUUUUUGCUUGCUGGUUUUAUAGCACUGGUCAUGGCAGCAACAAGCAGGAAUAUCGAAAACAGUCAAAACUACUGGAUUUGGCACAGUGUUUGGCAUGUCACCAUAUACACAUCCUCUUUCUUCUUCCUCUGUUCAAAAGUAAAUACCAUAAACAGUGGGAAUGAAAGACCGAAUGAUGGAAACUAUCGGUUAACUCACCAAGCUUCUCUCUCAAGAGGUUCAUAGGAAGAGGGAAGACUUGUCAUAGAGAAUUAAAGUUGAAAUAACAAGGAAAAAAAGUUACUGUCAAGACAUGCAAGGAAAAUUUCCAUAUGCAUCAGUGAUUUGUAAAACCAAAUAAAGACUUAAUUUUCAAUAGCUUUCCUGUAAAAUUUGGCCGUUCAUCUCCUUUUUCUGGUGUCUGUUUUCCUUUUGUAAAUACACGUAUAAACAUAUAUAUGAUUGUAUACCAAUAGGUAGGGGAGAGAACUGAGGCAGGAUAAAAAGGCGAGCCUGAAUCCUUUUAGCCUUUAGGGCUAGCAGAGUAGAAAGUGAGGACAUAGAUGCAGGUGUUCUUUGCUUCAUGUAGCUAUUUUUAAGAUUUGAUAUUCAGCAAAUUU